AUGAGCGGGACAGACUGGAGCCAGGCGGCGGGCGCGGUGCCCAACUCAGACCCAGGCCUGGCGGCGGUCGCCUCGGCCUACCAGCGCUUUGAGCCCCGCUCCUACCUUCGCAACAACUACGCGCCGCCGAGGGGGGACCUGAGCUGCCCCGACGGCGUCGGGCCUUGGAAGCUGCGCUGCUUGGCUCAGACCUUCGCCACCGGGGAGGUGUCUGGCCGCAGCCUCAUUGACGUCGGUUCAGGCCCCACUAUAUACCAGCUGCUCAGCGCCUGUGCCCACUUUGAGGACAUCACCAUGACAGAUUUCCUAGAGGUGAACCGCCAGGAGCUGAGGCUCUGGCUGCGAGAAGAGCCUGGGGCUUUCGACUGGAGCGUGUACAGCCAGCAUGUCUGUCUCAUCGAGGGCAAGGGGGAAUCCUGGCAGGAGAAGGAGCACCAGCUGAGAGCCAGGGUGAAGAGGAUCCUGCCCAUCGACGUGCACCAGCCCCAGCCCUUGGGCGCUGGAAGCCUGGCACCCCUGCCUGCCGAUGCCCUGGUCUCUGCCUUCUGCCUGGAGGCUGUGAGUCCGGACCUGGCCAGCUUCCAGCGGGCCCUGGACCACAUCACCACACUGCUGAGGCCUGGGGGGCACCUCCUCCUUAUUGGGGCCCUGGAGGAGUCAUGGUACCUGGCUGGGGAGGCCAGGCUGGCGGUGGUGCCCGUGCGUGAGGAGGAGGUGAGGCAGGCCCUGGUGCGGAGUGGCUAUGAGGUGAGGGAUCUGCUCACCUACACCAUGCCUGCCCACCUUCGGACGGGUGUAGAUGAUGUCAAGGGCAUCUUCUUCACCUGGGCCCAGAAGAAGGUGGGGGUGUGAGGCCCCUGUGCACACAGGGCCAGUGGCCCUCACCCACCUAGA